AACACAUCAUUGUUUCGGACUUCGGAACACCUCUGGAGAGAGGCAGUACGAGACCGGUUCGCAUCGCUCAAAGUCCAAUACGCUGCGUUUCGGUCUCUGAACCCACCCGCCUCGCUGAGAUUUCAGCUCAAAAACCCUAAAUCGCCUCAAACCACACGCGGAGGGAACUCACCAUUCCAAGGUAUGUCAAGCUCUGAACCUGCGAGUCCAGAGAUUGAGCCACAAGCCAAUCCUGCCCCAAGGAGGCCUCGGAUUCUACUUGCUGCUAGUGGAAGUGUAGCUGCCAUAAAGUUUGGCAACCUUUGCCAUAGUUUUUCAGAAUGGGCAGAAGUAAAAGCAGUUGCCACAAGAGCAUCUUUGCAUUUCAUUGAUAGAGCAUCACUUCCCAAGGAUGUAAUCCUGUACACCGACGAAGAUGAAUGGUCUACUUGGAACAAAAUGGGUGAUAGUGUGCUUCACAUUGAGCUCCGCCGUUGGGCGGAUAUCUUGGUUAUCGCCCCAUUGUCAGCAAACACACUAGGCAAGAUUGCCGGGGGAUUGUGUGACAAUCUACUCACAUGCAUCGUACGAGCAUGGGACUACAGCAAGCCUUUCUUCGUCGCACCAGCCAUGAAUACCUUGAUGUGGAAGAACCCCUUCACAGAGCGACAUAUCAUGUUGAUUGAUGAACUUGGAGUUUCGCUCAUCCCACCAGUCACAAAGAGGCUGGCUUGUGGAGAUUACGGGAAUGGAGCAAUGGCCGAACCUUCUUUGAUUUAUUCCACUGUAAGACUCUUUUUCGAGUCACGAGUUCAACAAGGCGGCAAUAACGUUCAGCAACCAGUAUAAUUGUAAACCUGCCAUCUUGAGAUUCGACAACAGAAAUUUGACUUGAGGCCCGAUGACAGAAUCUGGCUUUGGCAUCCAUAACAUGGUAGAGUUGUUGUUCCGGGUUCUUUGAUCUCGCAUUAGGCGCAUUUUGUGUUUUCGUAUGUGAACCGGGCUAAUUAUACAUCUAGAAUCCGUAGUAGUCGACUUCGUUUCAGCUUUUCACUCUCUGAUUUGGUUCAUGAUUUGGUACUACAUUAGAAGAAUCUAUGUCUGAAUGGAUUUGGUUCUAGCUUGUAAUUUAUCUAUGAAUAACUUCUUUUGAAAAUUACAUUUUCUGCAA